UUCUGUACAUCCAUACACGGUGCUUAGUUUUUCACCCAUGGAAAUUGUGAACGUAGCACAAACAUGCACCAAAUAAAAACAUUAUUGGCAGUACUAGAAAGUGGAUAUAACAAAAUAGUUCCAACGUCAAAAAUGGAUGCAGAGAGCGUAUCAAACAGUCAUGUAAAACAGUAUCAAGAAAAACAUCUGCGUGGCUACUCUCAGGUAAAUGAAUUCAAGCGUGGCAGAACAAGCAUCGAAGAUGCAACAUGUCCUGGAAUCUCGAAAUCAGCUGUGACGCCAGAAAUCACCGAUAAAGUCCAUGAUAUAGUUUUAACCGACAAACGAGUGCAAGUGCGAGGUGCAGAGACCAUAGGCAUCUCAAUUGAACAAGUUUACUUCAAUUUUGCAUAA